AACAUGCGGCCAUCACAGAAUUCCACGCUAGGCGCGGCAGCGCCAAACACAAUGACGGCGAUCAUUCAGAAACGCAUCCGUCAAAUCAACUUCCAGAGUAGGAUGUUGAAGAUCUGUGGAAUGGUCUGUCUCACGCUCUCUGUCGCCGCUUUCACGACCGGUGUAACACUCAUGAUUCUCGAUUUCGACGGCAACGACGACGAAUACUACAUGGAGGAUGGUGUCAUGAAAACACGAAUGGGAAUGUUCGACUACGGGGUCAUUAUCCUGGGAGUAGCGGUUGUGCUGACUGUGUGCGCCGCUAUCUUCUGGGGUCUGCUGUGCUUCCUGCCGGCAGCAUCGAUGGCCUCCCUCCAAGCUGCUAUUGCAGCGUCAGUUUCUACCGUAGGUGGCGACCGGUGUUUACUUAACGCUGCUGUCGAUUUCUCAAAGGUCAUCACUGCAAAAACGGACGUAUUUUGGACGUGA